AUGCUUACACAAAGUCACACAGAAAGCCCUAUCAAAAUUCGCUCAAAUAGGCCUAAUUAUUCUACAGAUGAAGAUGCAGGUCUUCUAUCAGACUUCAAAGGAAACCUUUUCAAUACAUUUGACAGCAGCAGAAAAGCUACAUCAGCAUCUACAAGAAAACAGAAAAACGCAAUAUCUCCUUUUAUUCACAAAAAUCUUAGUUUGCUUCGUAAAAAGCGGUCUACUAGUGCAUGCCCAAAAAUUACUCCAGAGUUAGCGUCAAAAGUGGUAAAAGACUAUCUCUUGCCUAUGUUUGAAAAAGAUUUAAAAAAUAAACAAAAUCAUGAUCGAAAACAGCAAUAUCAUUUAAAACUUGAUAGGCUACAGACAAAACCAUUAGAAAAGCUUUCAGGAACUGUAUAUGGCGAUUUUAAGCUUACAGAGCAGUUAAGUUAUGAACUGAAACAAAUGAAAAUAAAUUUAUCAACAGUCGAAUCAAAGCUAAAAGACGCUGAACAAGAAAAAAUAAAGAUAGAAAGCGAAUAUACAAAGGCAAAAGAAGAUUUUUUAAACUCAGAAAUCAACAAUCAAAGCAUUUUAUUCCAGCAUUCCAGAGUAAUAAAAGAAACCUCGAAUUUAGAUCAAACUUUUAUGCAUUUAUCUAACCAGGUCAAUAAAUAUAAAGCUAUGUAUGAAGAAUCAGAAAGAAAACUAGGACUAGUAGAAAAAGAAUUGCAUGACGAAAAAGCAUGAAAUGAUAAAUUACGAAAUGUCGCAAUUCAGCUUGAGCAUGGAAACGCUUUAAUUGUUAUGGAAAGUGGGAUUAUUGGAGAAAGACUAAAAGGGCUUUAUGAAGCUAUUAUCAAUAUUUUCAAUAUAAACUUCAAAGAAUCAAAGCUCGAAAAUGAAUUUUUAAUGCUGAUUUCACAGCUAAAAGGCCUUGCUGAAUUUGAAUAUACAAAUAAUACGUCUUUACAGAUUAUGGUCAAAGAAAAUAAUGAGCUGGUCGCCAAUAUAGGCGAUUUAAUUUAUUCAAAAAAUAUUUCAGACACCCAAAAAGAAAAAAUUGCAAAAACUUUUAAAGAAAGAUCUGAAAGGUACCAAAAAGAAAUAAAUUCGUUAAAAGAAGAACGCGAUAAAGCAAAAGCUGACCAAAUAGAAAUUGAUAAAAAAUUCAAUGACUUAAAUGAAGAGCUGAAAAGGGUGAGGAAAAAAAUGAAACAAUAUAAAAAAGAGUCAAAUAACGCUCAAUAUGAAGAAAAAUUUUGCAUUAAUUGUAUGAAGCCAUUUAUAUGCAUUUUUCUUUUGGAUUGACUGAUAAGUAAUAUUUAUAAUGCAUAUUGAGAUUAUUAAGGUAAAAACAUAUAGAAAUUUAUAAUUAUAAUUGGUCUUGCAGAAUCCAUAAGAGUAAGCCAAUAGACGACACUUACUGAUGCUGCGGAAAAAUAGGCAAAGACGCCCCAGGCUGUAUAGCUUCCAAACACAUUUCAAAAGAAGAUGAAGACUGUGAGUCAGAAGAAGAAAGCAACCAAAAAAUCGCUUUUUGUGCUGUAAUUUCUAAUUAGAGCUGUAAAACCCCUGGACAUUUCAGCUAUGAAUGCCCAAAAGAUCCAAACACUCGCAGUAAUUUUGAGCCAGAAGACGAACUCUUAAGGAUCAAUAAUGCAGAAAAUCAACAAAAAAUAAACAAAGUCGUCGAUUUGAACCUAAAAAAUAGAGUAAUUGAUAUGCUAAAAGAAAGAAUGGAAGGUUCAGAAUUUGUGAAUGGAGAAAUCUUACUUAACUUAAAUUUACAGGCGUCCGCCGUAGUGUUGACGCAGUCACCAAGGACCCAGUAUUAGGGUUCACCUGCUUUGCGGUAUAGUCCAAACUGGCCAUAUAAACCAGUCACCAGGACAUACACCUACUCCUUCCCACGCGCGUGAGCCGUGGCUUAGUGUUGAGUGGGCGGGCUAUGGGCUUCUGCGGCUGCUGCUUGAGUUGACGAGAGUUGGCUUUCCGAAAUUCCAAAAAAUGGAAUUUCUGGUCACCUUUCGGCAAAAAGGGAAACUCCAAGUCCUGGGACGUAACGCCCAGUUUCACGCUGGGUAGUUGCCCGAAUGGUCUAGGCAUUGCCUGUAGACUCUGCUGGGCUUACCCUUUCCAAACCUGGGAACCCUUUUUCUCUCGGGGAGAAAAUCCAUUCUGGUCGUUGAGCUUGGGCCAGGCUCUGCACUGCAGAAUUGCUUACCAUGGCAUUGCUGCUCAUUUCCGGAAUGGCAAAACCUUGCCGGAUAUAAUUAAAAUAUGAGUCGAGUAUGUGUGGCCGGAGGCCACACCCAGACGAAGAUGCCAUAUUUUAAUUAUGUGAAUGGAGAAAUCACUAUAGAAGAAAACGAAGAGAAAAUCAAGCUUCACCCAUUUAGAGACUUAUUAGAGCUAAAAGAAGAAUAUGUUGAAGGGAAUAUGUAUAACAAGGUCAGGAUAGGCAGUAUGAAUGAUGGAAUAUUUAAUAGAGAAAUGAGGAGGGCAAGGAUAAAUUCAAGUAUAGAGCAAGAAAGCCCGAUUAGACUGAUGAAAGGGGUUUCAGAAGAAUGGGAUAUGUUUAAUUAG